AGAGAGAGAGAGCAAAAGAAAUAUAUUGUCGCAUUUUGGGCAUUUCGAACAAAUACCACAAUAUCUUUGUGUUUCCCAAAUUGUUGACCAUUCGAACAAUUUCGCAUUUGUGGUCUUGUACGGAAGAGAAUAGUCAACUUUUAGAGAAAGCUGCGACGCCCCCCAAAAAAUGUCAACCAAUAAUGGAGUCAGUGGAGUUCAAAUGGAGGGAUUUGCUUAUGUAGCUGAACAGGAUAGUGGCGCCUACAAGGCUAAUUACAAAGCUCAUAAGAAAGGAAUUUCACAUGAUGAGAUGGUAGUAGCGUACAGUGAAUGGGCUAAUAAUUAUGAUGAAGAUUUGUGCCCAGGAAGAUACAAUGGACCACAGAUCGCAGCAGACGCCUUGGCAGACUAUUAUAUUCCAGAUGUAAGACAAAACGUGAGAAUUAUAGAUGUAGCAGCCGGCACGGGACGAGUAGGACAUGAACUGUACAACAAAGGCUUCAGACUUUUGGAUGCCUUGGAGCCUUCUGGUGGUAUGCUGAAUGUCCUGAAUGGCCGUGGAAUUUACCAAGAUACUUUCGAAGUUCCGAUUGGUUUUGAUGAAAUCGACUCCAUUCCUAGUAAUACGUAUGACUCUUUGGUAAUUGCUGGAGGAAUGGGUGAAGGGCAUAUUCCUGUGGGAGCUGUCAAUGAAAUGAUUCGUAUCGUUAAACCAGGCGGAACGGUGUUCAUUGUAAUGCGAGAAGAAUAUUUGUCCUACGUAGAAGAAUAUGUCGGAAAAUUGGAACCAUACAUGGACAAUUUAGAAGCGAAUGGACAUUGGAAAAAGUUACGCCGUGUCAUAGUGCCUGAAUAUUCCUUCAACAAAAAUGGAGUGGUCUACAGUUACCAAGUGUUGACUGAAAAUUAGGUUGGAUGGAUACUAAAAGUAUAUCUCUAACGCGCAUGAAUUCUUAUCAUUGAAAAAAUAAAAUAU